AUGACCGACUCGUCGGCAAGGCCGGCAACGGAAGCUGGCAACGGAAGCUGCGAUGAAGAAAGCCCAUUGCUUGCUCCUCCCACACUCGAUUCAAAAGUCACUCCUCUAGUCGGAGUCGGGACCAUCAUCGCCGUGUUAUUACUCGGGGAAUUUAUCUCGAACGCUGAUUCGACCCUUGUCAUUGCGGCCUCCGGGCACAUCUCAUCGGAAUUUGAUCGAUUACGCGAUGCAAGCUGGCUAUCAACCGGUUAUUCGUUAGGUCUUUGCGCGGCACAGCCCAUGUAUGGGAAACUCAGCGAUAUCUACGGUCGCAAACCACUCCUUUUGCUCUCUUACUUUUUAUUCGCCUUGGGAUGUAUUAUCAGUGGUGUUGCUUCACAUAUGGGGGUGGUCAUUUUGGGUCGCGCGAUUAGUGGCAUCGGAGGUGCCGGGACGAUGACGAUCAGCUCAGUGAUUAUUACUGAUAUCGUCCCGAGACGUGAGAUUGCGACAUGGAGAGCUUAUGUGAAUAUUGCCAUGACCCUGGGCCGCAGUCUUGGGGGCCCAGUGGGAGGAUGGUUGAGUGACACCGUGGGAUGGCGAUGGCUAUUCCUUCUACAAGCCCCUGUUUUCGCCCUUGCAGCCUUCCUAGUGAUAAUCAAACUCCAACUGACUGAAACAGUGUCCGAGAGCGGAAAAUCGAAACUCGGACAAGUCGACUUCCUAGGAACAGGACUUUUGGGAGCAGGCAUUGUCGCCCUGAUUGGUCUCCUAGAUCAAGGUGGAAAGGCCUUCCCAUGGACUUCGUGGUUGACAUUUGUGCUCGGUGGCUGUGGUCUCUUGCUAUUAGUCUCUUUCGUCCUGGUCGAGGCAUAUGUAGCCAAAGAGCCCAUCUUCAAUCUUCGCAUUUUGCGCAGACCUAACGUGGCCGUGAGCUACGUCCUCAGCACACUGCAGAUCACCGCCCAGCUGGGAAUGCUGUUCUCCGUCCCACUGUACUUCCAGGUUACCCAGAAUGCAUCCACCACCGCAGCGGGUGUUCAUCUUGUCCCCGCAGUGGUUGGCAACACCGUGGGAGGACUAUUUGCAGGAAUCUUUAUUCGAAAGACGGGAUCCUAUCGCGUUCUCUUGGUGCUUGCUGGCCUGGUAGCAUCAGUCUCCUAUAUCCUUCUAGGGUUGCGCUGGAAUGGAAAUACCGGCCCUUGGGAGUCGCUGUAUAUCCUCCCUGGUGGCAUGGGUACUGGAAUGGCCUCCGCAGCUGCGUUUGUUGCACUGACUGCGGCUUUGCCUCCAAAUGAGGUGGCUAUGGCGACGGCCAUGUACAUGUUGUUGAUCAGCUUCGCCAUGACCGCUGGAGUUACCACUUCCAAUUCCGUUCUGGGAAUGGAAUUUAAGCGCCAGCUUGAACUUCAUCUACAUGGUCCUGGUUCGGAGCGGGUUAUCCAAAGGGCCAUGGAUGAUACUGACUAUAUCGCGCAUCUGAGUGGUCGCCUUCGAGAGAUUGUUGUGGCCUGUUAUAUUGCUGGUCUCAAGCAUACAUAUGUGUUUUCGCUUGUAUGCUCUCUCGGAGCUGCGUUCUUAGGACUUUUUAUCCGUCAUCAGCAGCUGUAA